ACAAAGCGGCGGCGGCGGCGGCGGCGAGGGCGGCCCAGGCCCCGGACGCGCGGAGCAGGCGACCCGCCGGGCCUUUGUCUCGGGCGGGGCAGGAGCUUCGGCGGCCGCGGAGCGCCCCGAGCGCAGAAUGCGGCACCCGGCGGGGCGGAUCGCGGAGCGCUGCGGCGGCGGGCUGCGCGGAGGCCGGCCCGGGGCCCGGGGGGACUUGUGUGUGUGAAGCGGGGGUCCGACGCGCUGCCCGGCGGCUGCCCCACGGCCGCACGUGGGCGGGAGCUGCGGCGCGCUAGGAGCCGGAGGAGGAAGAGGAGGGACGCGCGGCGGCGCAGCGGAGACCCGGGGCCGCCCGCGCGAAGCCCCGCCCCGGCCGCCGAGCCCCGCGCGGGCGGGCGGGAUGCCCCGCGGCCGCUGCACUUCGGCCGGAGCGCUGCCCUGAGCCGGCCGGCCGGCCCAGCGAGCGGCGGGCGGGUGGGCGCCGCGGGCGCCAUGGAGCAGUGGCGGCAGUGCGGCCGCUGGCUCAUCGACUGCAAGGUCCUGCCGCCCAACCACCGGGUCGUGUGGCCCUCGGCCGUGGUCUUCGACCUGGCCCAGGCGCUGCGCGACGGCGUCCUCCUGUGCCAGCUGCUGCACAACCUCUCCCCCGGCUCCAUCGACCUCAAGGACGUCAACUUCCGGCCGCAGAUGUCCCAGUUCCUGUGUUUGAAGAACAUUCGCACCUUCCUUAAAGUCUGCCACGACAAAUUUGGACUCAGGAACAGCGAGCUGUUUGACCCCUUCGACCUCUUCGAUGUCCGAGACUUUGGGAAGGUCAUCUCGGCCGUGUCGAGGCUCUCCCUGCACAACUUGGCUCAGACCAAAGGGAUCAGGCCCUUCCCCUCGGAGGAGACCGCGGAGAAUGACGAUGACGUCUACCGCAGCCUGGAGGAACUGGCAGAUGAGCAUGACGUGGGGGAGGACAUCUACGACUGCGUCCCGUGCGAAGAUGAAGGGGACGACAUUUAUGAGGACAUCAUCAAGGUGGAAGUGCAGCAGCCCAUGAUUAGAUACAUGCAGAAAAUGGGCAUGACGGAGGACGACAAGAGGAGCUGCUGCCUGCUGGAGAUCCAGGAGACGGAAGCCAAGUACUACCGGACCCUGGAGGACAUCGAGAAGAACUACGUGACCCCUCUGAGGCUGGUGCUGAGCCCAGCGGACAUGGCGGCCAUCUUCAUCAACCUGGAGGACCUAAUUAAGGUGCAUCACAGCUUCCUGAGGGCCAUCGACGUGUCCAUGAUGGCGGGGGGCAGCACGCUGGCCAAGGUCUUCCUGGACUUCAAGGAAAGGCUCCUGAUCUACGGGGAGUACUGCAGCCGCAUGGAGCACGCCCAGAGCACGCUGAGCCAGCUCCUGGCCAGCAGGGAGGACUUCAGACAGAAAGUCGAGGAAUGCACCCUGAAGGUCCAAGACGGGAAGUUUAAGCUGCAGGACCUGCUGGUGGUCCCCAUGCAGAGGGUGCUCAAAUACCACCUGCUCCUCAAGGAACUUCUGAGCCAUUCCACCGACCGGCCCGAGAGGCAGCAGCUCAAAGAAGCGCUGGAGGCCAUGCAGGACCUGGCGAUGUACAUCAACGAAGUCAAACGGGACAAAGAGACCCUGAAGAAAAUCGGCGAGUUUCAGAGUUCCAUAGAGAACCUGCAAGUGAAACUGGAGGAGUUUGGGAGACCAAAGAUCGACGGGGAGCUGAAGGUCCGGUCCAUAGUGAACCACACCAAACAAGACAGGUACCUGUUCCUGUUUGACAAGGCGGUCAUUGUGUGCAAGAGGAGGGGCGACAGCUACGAGCUGAAGGAGAUCAUCGAGCUGCUUUUCCACAAGAUGACCGACGACCCCAUGAACAACAAGGACGUCAAGAAGUCUCACGGGAAAAUGUGGUCCUACGGUUUCUAUCUAAUUCACCUUCAAGGCAAGCAAGGCUUCCAGUUUUUCUGCAAGACAGAAGACAUGAAGAGGAAGUGGACGGAACAGUUUGAGAUGGCCAUGUCAAACAUCAAGCCCGACAAAGCCACCGCCAACCAGCACAGCUUCCAGAUGUACACGUUUGACAAGACCACCAACUGCAGAGCAUGCGGGAUGUUCCUCAGAGGCACCUUCUACCAGGGUUACCUGUGCACCAAGUGUGGCGUCGGGGCACACAAGGAGUGCCUGGAGGUGACCCCUCCCUGCAAGAUCAGUUCUCCUGCAGACUUGGACACCUCUGGAGCGGGGCCAGGUCCCAAGAUGGUGGCCAUGCAGAAUUACCAUGGCAACCCUGCUCCCCCCGGGAAGCCGGUGCUGACCUUCCAGACGGGUGAUGUGAUUGAGCUACUGAGAGGCGACCCUGAGUCUCAGUGGUGGGAGGGUCGGUUGGUGCAAACCAGGAAGUCAGGUUACUUCCCUAGCUCGUCUGUGAAGCCCUGUCCAGUGGAUGGAAGGCCGCCCAUCAGCCGGCCGCCAUCCCGGGAUAUGGACUACACCGCAUACCCCUGGUUUGCCGGCAACAUGGAACGGCAGCAGACCGACAACCUGCUCAAAUCCCACGCCAGCGGGACCUACCUAAUCAGGGAGCGGCCGGCCGAGGCCGAGCGCUUUGCCAUAAGCAUCAAAUUCAAUGACGAGGUGAAACACAUCAAGGUGGUGGAGAAGGACAGCUGGGUGCACAUCACCGAAGCCAAGAAAUUUGAAAGCCUCUCAGAGUUGGUAGAGUACUACCAGUGCCACUCGCUCAAGGAGAGCUUCAAGCAGCUGGACACCACGCUCAAGUACCCCUACAAGUCACGGGAACGCGUGGCCUCUAGGGCCUCCAGCCGGUCCCCAGCUUCCUGCGCUUCCUACAACUUUUCUUUUCUCAGUCCUCAGGGCUUCAGCCUUGCUUCUCAGGGCUCCUCCGUGCCCUUCUGGCCAGCAGUGUUUACGCCCCGCGUCAUCGGCACGGCCGUGGCCAGGUACAACUUCGCUGCCCGGGACCUGCGGGAGCUCUCGCUGCGAGAAGGCGACGUGGUGAAGAUCUACAGCCGCAUCGGUGGGGACCAGGGCUGGUGGAAGGGCGAGACCAACGGCCGGAUCGGCUGGUUUCCUUCAACGUACGUAGAAGAAGAGGGCAUCCAGUGACAGCAAGGACGCGGACAGGACUCGCCGAUUUUCUUGGAAGAGUCGCUCCGGUGCUGAAGCCUGUCUCCAGCUCUGAGACUCAGAGGGGAAAUGCCCGCCAACCUUCCAGUCUUCAACAGCCCAUGGGGAUGGGGAGGGUGUUCAGAACCCUACAUGUGAUCCGUCCCACCAUCAGCCUGCCCUUGGUGGCCUGUCCUGGGUACGCCACUUGUACAUACAGGAGAUCUGGGCCAGCCCUGCUUGGCCGCCACCACCAGAGUGCCGAGUAGAGGGAGCGCCUGUGGCGUCCCGAGCCAGGCUCUGGGUGACAGCUGAGGCCAGAGCUCACCUUGCCCUUGUCCUGUCGAGAUGGCCUGCAGGAGCUUAGGUUUGAAUGGCAUAUGCUGUCCCAGGGAGGGCUGGGGACCUUCCCCUUGGUCCCUUCCGCUCAGCCUCUGGACCCUCCGCCCUGCUGCUCCCAGGGGGAGGCGGAAGGGCCCAGAGCCAGGCUGCUGUGCUCGGGGACAGAGGGAGGGAGCAUCGCCAGGGCCUGUGCGGCCCCCCGGCUUCCUGCUGUCCCUCUGCACCGGGGGUGUGCAGAGACCCUGGGGUGGCCGCUCUCUCGGGAGGGAGCCUCAGGAACCUUGAAGCUGCCGACCCCGCUCCCCAGUCAGUGGUACUGUCCUUUGCCCUGAGCCCUUGGUGUGUGUCUGUCCUGUCCUGCUGCCAGGUGGAUACAUGGUUUGCCAGCCCUCCCGUGGGCGGGAAGCAGACGGGGCUUUCCGCUGGCCUGGUCUCUGCUGUUCACUUUCCUCUCCAGAAGGAGGCCCCCCGCCACCGCCCCCAAGCAGGCGGGCUCUCUGGGUGUCCCGUGUCCUGCAGGGGGGUCCCUGAGGGUCUUCCCAGCCUUUGCACAGAUGUCGGUUCUAGCCCUCGGCAAGUCUUCCUUCCAAGGGCUCUUGCAGCCCACGAAACAGGGCCUGCGGCCACAGCCCGAAGUCAGUGCUCUUGGGGAAGCUCCACCCCCGAGCUUGCCCUCCGCACCCCGCCUGGCCCUUGACCUCUGGCUGGCUUGGCCGGACCCUCUUCUCUCCGCCCGGAUGCCGCCUGAGACCCAGUGACGCUGUCCCCUCCGAGUUCCGUGCCAAAGCUACGGGUGCAGCGUGGGCUUCGUGGGUCCCCCUUUCCCUUCGGUCAGCUGCAUGAGGUCGGGCGUUGCCAAGGCUGGCCCCUGCCGGGGUGGGCGCUGGUGGCCACACUGCACCCUGGGGUUCCUCUGAGGUCAGCCUUGAGAUCUCCAGCCUCAGCUCAACACAGCAGCAUCCUGGCGUGGGGAGGAGAUGGGGAGGGGUCUGAGAGGGCGUGUGCAGGCAGGAGAGACAAGGCAGCCAGCAAAGGCUUUUGGGAAAUGAGGGUCACAGAAUUGUAUUUGGGGGCGGUGGGCAAAGCGGGGGAAGGAAGGAUUUUCCACGGAGAGAGCAGACCCAAAUCCUUGUCAGGGUGCACCCAGCACUUUGCACGUGACCUCGGCGCAGCUGGCCCAGCUGUGAGCCCGGGAUGGGAGGGGAGAAAACCAGCCGGCCAGCGCCUUUCGUGUUUACGGUUGUCGGAAAAGCUUUGGUUUCUGUUAUUGAUGUUGUUAUAGGGUCUUGUUUCGUUUCGUUUUGGUUUUGGUUUGGCUCGUUUGCUUUUUAAGGGAAAAACAGGUUGGUAGUUAUUUCCUCCAAAACUCCCAUUAUAUAUCUGUGGAUAAUAAGGAAGAGAUUUUAUAAUAGCAAGAAAAUAAUGUAUAUUUGAGGUCAUCAUGAAACAAGGCGUCGUGAUAACGAAGGACACUGAGAAAACCUAAUUUAGAACCCUGGUUCUUGUGACUGUUUUGCUUUGUUUUUGUGUGUUAGGGAGCUUGUCUUGGUUGGGUUAGUUUUUGCACUGCAGGAAGCAGCAGGGGAGGAGGGCCGGGCACAGGCUGGGACGCGGGUGGUUGCAGCAGGAGAUGGGACGCCCUCUGGCGGGGCUUCGGACCUGGGGCCUGAGAUUAGCUGUGAACACUUAGGAGCCCGACGCAUGUGGGUCAGGGAUCUGGGGGUCCCGCAGCUGGUGGGGACCCCAAACACAACGCAAACUGUACAUUUGCCAAUAGGUUUUUUUUCAGACCACGGUUUCUACCACAAAUAAACCUGAGUUCUUUUCUGCA